GUCGAACCACGUUGAGUGCCGCAAAAGCAAAAGCGAUUUGGAGGGAUAAUAGAGGACAAUGGUGUGAUCAUCAUGGAGGGACAAUAACGGCGUGAAGUGAAAGUCGAAGUUUUGUUGAGAGAUGGUACCAACAUGGGUACUUACAACUAGUAGAGAGGGCCAAAAAAGCAGCAUGCCCGGUCGAGUGGUAGCGAAAUACAUCGAGAGAAUAUUGAAAUUUGGAAAAAUAGUUUUGGCUUGUUGCCCGGAAAAAUGGUUUCGGCUUGUUGGCCUGCGCUGCGCGUUGAGCGCGAAAAAACGUGAAGCUUUUAUUCGAGGUCGGAAAUUACUAUAUCUUGAUUUCAUUUGACGCCGUAGCGUGAAUGACUUAAAACUUUGAUUUGAGUCGGGAUCUUCACAUGAAGUGUGUCGAAUAGUAAUAUCCUGUAGUUCUUGAUGUGUACAGACGAAAAAAUGACGUGCUAGCUAGGAUAAAAAUAUUAAAGACCGAAGAGAUGAAGUACAACUACAAAUAAGAUCUGGCUAGACAAAAAAAUCUCUAUGUCGCGACGCGCGGCCGUUCCGGGCCGGCGGCCGAAAAAUCGUCAGGGCGCAACUUCUUGCGUUGUGCCCGGCAGGAAGGACAAGAUGCGGCCCAAGAACACGGCGUUGUAAAGCCACGAGGACCUGCACAGGAAAGAAAAUUCUCACCGAUUUUGUCGUCGCACGACCCGGUGGGUUUUGCUAUUAGAACUACACAAGCUGGUCUUCCACCGUCCUCCGCGCGCCCGAGGACAACUCGUCGCACCAGCAUAAAUAAAAGUAGCUCGGCCUCGCAUCACUGUCACCUUGUAAGUUGCCGGACUAGCCGGAUAUCCCUCAUCUGUUCGACUUCCCCGCAACGACGAGACCGCCGCCCUGUCGUGUCGAUCAUCAACAUUUCCCCGCCGGCGCUUUGCUCUAGGUUUUACACGACCUGGUCGCCAGGAGCCGUGAAGGAGAAAAAAUGAUCUUCCCAGCGCACGUCUUCGAAUCGGACCAGCCGCCGUCCAACUUCGCGCUGCAAAUGCGGAAAUUCUAUCAAAUGCAAAAAUGUCUGGGUCUGGAAGAAUGCAGGAGUUUGUCAUGCAGAUUUUGCUUGACCCAUGAGGUCUGUGAUGCAUGACCUAGCAUCAGAGAUUUUGCGAGGGCUUUCUGAUGCUCAUACCGCAUGAAAAACGCCCUCUCCGCGUAGCACAAAUUACACCUCUUUUGCCGUUCAUGCAAUACAGAUUUUAUGUAGAUUCCAAAAGUAGCAUCGCAAGUUGUAUCCUUCCAGACCCAGACAUUUUUGCAAUCCAUAAAUUCGUGAUCUUCAUCGGGGUAAUCCAGUUAUUGUGCGGAAAAAUCCCCCCUCCCCAUAAUAUCAAAACGAAGUUUCUGAUGCUGGAUUUGCGUACAAGGAUCUGAUUUCGCUUGCAGAAAGUGCUUGGCGGCAUUUUCCGAGCCUGUUUGGUUAUCAUGCAGAAGGCUAGCACUUACGCAUGACAAACAGGCUUGCCGUACUCAAAAGCGCAUGACCACAGACUGGCUUUGGAAUGCGGCACAUGGCUCCUAUUGCCGUAUAGGCAAUACAAACACGAUUUUUGACCACAAAUUAGCAUCACAAGUUUCCAUUUCGAUAUGGGGAGGGGGGAUGUUUCAUUUUGAUACCAGUUCCUCUGCGUUCUCGGCAGGUUGAUCGUCGGCGACACCUUGGUAUGCAUGGAAAACAGGUCUGGGCCUGGAUUUGUGUUGCGAAAUGCGGAAGGCAACAAGGAUUUGUGAUGCAUAAAAUGCGAUUGGCGAUUUUUUUGUCAUGCUAUAUGAAACUCAGUUUCUCAUGCGUUUUGCGAGUCUGAAUCCGCAAUGAGCCACCGCGCAAAAUAACUUCUGAUGCUGUUAUGCUGUACAAGGGAAUACUCUGCGAUGCGAGUAUCAGCAACACAAAACUCUUGCAGACCCAGACACGUUUGCACUUGAUACUUGGGGUCGCUGUGCAUGCUGUUCGUGGUGUCCAUGGCCUAUAUGAUUUCUUUCGGCGAGCCGCCCCUGCACAUCCGGUGGAUCUUCAUGUGGACAUUCUUCUGCUUCAUAAAUGCAGGUAUAGUAGUGUAGGUUAAUUUACAACUAUCUAUAAAUGGUGUGCUACUUUGUCAAACCGGUUUUCGCAUGGGAGCAGCUACUUGUCAUGCUGUUCAUGCAAACAAAUACCCAAUACACACUCUCGUUCUAUAAUCAGGUUUCGACUUUGCAAUAGCGGCGGUGCGGUCAAUACACGUUUACCAGCACUACGACGUUCCAGGAACCUCAAACGACAUCAAAUCAAAAGUAUAUCCGCUGCAAAUAUGAUGUCUGCGUCCUCCGUAAGAGUGCGGCUGUUAAUAUUUCUUGCAAUGCAACUUUUGGAUGAUCACGCAAAUGCAAAUCACCCGGAAUGCACGGCAAAGCAUCUUCAUAGCUUUUGCGACUGCCACCUCCCAGCACUGCCACCUCCUACUUCUAUCACGACUUGUUUGAUGUGGAGUGCAAAGGGGGCAGCUUUUGGCGGUCAUGCAACACAGACAUGAUUUCGCGUGAUCUUCAUCCCAAGUUGUACUUUCUACUAUGCAUCACAAAGCCGGGUCUCUUCGGAUUUACAGACAGGUUUGCAGAGCAUACGGUACCGGUCUGGCAGAUUGUCGUCGUUCUCACCGUAUGGAUUGCAAAUAUGUCUGGGUCUGGAAACUUGUGAUGCUAGUCUGUGUCUGGUGGGCACACUGCAAUACGCAGCCACGCAUGACAAGUCUCUGGGCUCCUUUAUAUUUCGUUUUCCGCAUGACAAACUGCAUUUUUGCACAACAGGCAAGAGGCACUUUUCCUGCUCAUGCGUCACAGAUUUCUGAGUCGUGCCAGACAAGCAUGACAAACUUGCAUUCUUCCAGACCCAGACACUUUUGCAUUUCAUACACCGUGUCAUGGCUGGGCGCGCUGUCCGAAAUUUUUGGAGCCAUACUAGGCUACAAGGUAGGAAAUUAUUUCUAGUGUCAUUUUUUGUCAUGCGGUAGCAAGCGGUUUUAUUUUUGCUGCCACAUGCACGUCCACGUCUGGUGAAGUUGUUUUUCUUUUUGCAGACGUCUGUUGUUUUUGCAAGACAGGAAGACGCUGGUUUAGAAGAUGAAAAUACAAAAUCAACAGCUGUACCAAGACUUCCAAGAGAACGAGCUCCAGGCGAUGCAGUCCCUCGCGCAUAUCCUGAGCAAAAUUUAAUCGUCAAGAAGUUUUGCCUCAUGCGCAUCACAAGUUCAUCUUUUCACCUCCAGUUUAAUUAGUCCGGUGGAGGGUAGUACUAGGUGGUGCAGUCGCAUCACAAAUGGAGUUUUCUUAGUAUCCUGAUUCGAACAUGGCAAAUUCGUCCCAGGCAGGACUGGAAAAUUCUUCUCAUGGAGGUGCGCAUGAUAGAGAAUUUUUCACGCAGAAUAGCAUGACAGAUAUACUUAGUUUGGGGACGACGUUUUAUUUACUCAGGAUAGCGUAGGCCCACGGUUUCCAAAAUCUGAACUACGGCGGCAUGGGUCGGUAUUCCGGCGCAGGAGCAGGAGCAGGUUAUCAAAAGCAAAAAUCCCCCCUCCCCAUAUCGAAAAGGUAUGUUUUCGAAAAUUUGUGUUGCUGAUUUGAGGUCGCAAAUCACAUUUGUAUUGCAAGAAGACAACGGCAGAAGCUUCCGCCACACUAUGGAAGCGAUUUGUCAUGCUGUUGGGCCUAAAGGGGAGCCGCUUGCCAUGCUGAACAACUCGACGCAUACGCCCCUGCCUAGCCUGGGGAUCUGACUGCAAUGCUUUCCUGCAAUACAAACCUGAUUUGUGUACUCAAAUCCAGCAUCAGAAAUCUCGUUUUGAUGUGGGGAGGGGGGAUUUUUCCUUUUGAUACAGGUUCAAGAGGACCCUCGCAACCCCAGAUGCCGGGCGUCGCCGGCGCGGGAGGAUAUCGAAUGCAAAUAUGUCGGGUGUAGUUCUUCUGGAACCUUGUGAUGCACAUCUGUGAUUGAGAUGGGCAAACACUGUAAUGCACAGCUAAGCAUGACAAGUUUUUGAGCUUCUAUGUGUUUCGUUUUCUGCAUGGCAAAGCGCGUUCUUUUCGCCUGACAGGCAAGACGAGGCCCUUUUCCUGCCCAGGCAUUACAGAUUCAAGAGUCAAUGUGAGACAAGCAUGACAAGUUUGCACGCUUCCAGAGGACCCAGACAACAUAUUUGCAGUUGAUAGCGGAGGCGGAGAGCCUACCCUAAGCAAAAACGUCCCCACCCCAGAGUUGUCAUGCAAAUGUGCAAUGACAGGAACAUUUGUAGUGCGCAUCUCCAUGAGGGGCAUUUCCAGUCGUGUUUUGGUAUUUGUAAUGCUGUAAACAGGAUGAGGAAAUGGCUUUCUCAUGCGGCUUUACUUGCUAGCCAGCCCUACGCUGCAGAUGGAAACUUGUCAUGCAGAACUCCCAAAACUUGGGGAUUUGUGUUGCAGACUUCCCAUCUUAGCUAUGGUGUGGGGACGUUUUUACAUAGGAUAGAGCCGAUCCAACCCUUUGCCGGAAAUAGGAAAGGUGCAGCAGAACUCCCCCUUUCCCUUUCAUUUGUCAUGCGAAACGGCAUAGAAAUCCUGCCUAAGCCACCUGGAUCUUUUGGCUGUGAUUGCAUUAUACAGGUUCCACUUGCACUUGGACGAGCUGCUGCCCAGACUGCACUGCAGUCCGGACGUGGGUUUGCAUAUACAAGUUCUAGGAUGUGGGUUUGUCAUGCGGAAGCUGCAUCCUCUAUGUUGUUUCUGUUGCUGCAGAGGUUCUACAACAAAUGAGGCAAAGGGGGAGGUAGUUGUGCACUCUCAUAGGAAAGGGCCACAGACUAGACGGGGAGGACUCGGGGAGGUGAUGAUGAAAAGAGAAUGUAGUUCAUCAUGUCGCACAGCAUGACAGAUUCACUUUGUCGCGCUCGUACGCAUGAGAAACUCACUUUGAUGUCACAUGUACUUAUUCACCCUCUUCGGAUUUGAUGAUUGAGCUUGUUGUUAUAGCGCCCAGCUACAUGUAGUCUUAAGGCUAAGAAGUAGAGACUGUUGCUUGCAGGUAUUGCUAUGCCUUCCUGUCACGAUUAGCCUCUAAGCAUCUUGUUGCCACAACUACACUCACGACUAAAUUGCCUUCAAAAACAAGUUGAUACUUUCUCCUCCACCUCUCGCAUCACAAUUGGUGAAAAAGCGGUGAUACUUUCUAGAGAUAAAAAAACGCCACAGAGGUUGUAGUGGCACAAAUACUAUUAUUGCCGUUACUCCCGUUAGCGCACUUUACUAGAACUCGGCUCUUCAUCAGGAGAAGUCGCUUCCUUUUUAUUUUCAGCUUGAAUAUCAUUUCAGAUGACAGCACCUGACUGUCGGUUUUCCUUAAAUUGAUGAUCCACUAUACAACUUUAUACCGAAAAAACGAUCACCUUCACUCUCCACACUUGAACUUCGCCCACGUCCGACCUCGUUGAGGCAACAACAUCUUUACACCAAACACCAAACACCAAUAGCCUACGCGGAAGGCCAUACGCGUUCUCUCGCGGAUGGUGCGGUGUGGUCUCGUCCAACUGAGAACUCAUUUACUCUUACAACCCACGGGGGUUCUAGUACUUUUCGCCGCGCCUCACGAGAACUAUCUUCAGGCUUUCUUUACCGUCCCUACCUGGAAUUUUACAGAGUUACACUGCCUUGAUUUCAACAUCUGUUGCGGCUCCUGGACUACAACUACCUACUGCGGUGAAUAUCAAAUACGCGGCUAUUCUUUCUAAAAGGAACUACUACUCGUAUUAUACUCGGUUUCGAACCUAGUUUGAACAACCUAGUACAAAUCCUAGCUCGUAGUUCACUUUUGCCCUCACCGUGCGUGCGUUGUAACGGCCUAGAGUUGUCCAAAAUUACUCCUACUACUACUAUCUAAAAACCACAACUGGGGAGAACAGCGAGCGUUAAGAGUUGCGAGAACAAGCCAGCGUCAUCGACCACAAAAGUACUCGAGAUGAUGCUAAGUGCGCUCUAUUUGUAUAAAUGCGAGGGGGCUUCUUGCUUCAUGGAAAUGCAGUGAGUAAAAGGAGCUUCUAAGAACGUCACCAACUUAGUAGAUACCGCUGGAAAUUAUAAGAGCCAAUACCACGAUGAAGAUCCUCUUCCGCCGCUAACAGUACUUCUGUGAGACUACACGAACAACAAGACUCAAUCGUCGACUUCCGUUUCUCCCAGAUGCAGUCGUGCUUCUGUAGUAGGAGUCCGCACUCUACUUCGCAUGAAAAAGUGCAGCAGCUGCCAGAACUCCAUUUAUUAUUCCGGGAUAAUCGAAAC